AUGAUAUUUACCCGAGGUUUCUUUCAAUCUUGGAAUAGCCUGCGCAUCGUGGGGUUCGCACUAUAUCGGCCACUACGAUCCAUCAUCCUCCCUUUCGCAGUCUUCAUCCUAGUCCUCGGGUCUCUGACAUCGUUCUUGCCAAAUUACCCCGAUCCGAGUCCGACAAGCCCACAGAGACUGCUCAAGGACAAGAAGUGGAUCAACAACCGUCCCUACUGGCUUGACCGCCACGUGGGACCAAGCUUGACGCCCACCAUAGAACCCAAUUGGUGCUGGUGGAAAAACCUAUGUCGCAAGGAUUUGAGGUCACUACAUGUGAAUGAAAGAAAACAAACCAUCUGGGAACCAACUUUAACGAGGCCGUCACCCCGAGAUUGCAAGUCGGAGAGGAGAAAAAUACAGAAAGCCGUCCCGGAGUAUGUUUUGGAGCAUGCGCCGCUGGUUCAUCUUCACUCGGAUGACAACUUCUGGCCAGCGAAUAUUGCAGAGCAUCUUUUGCACAUGACGCCAAUUUUCGAAGAAAGAGCCUUGAACCGAUCAAUAACCCUCUCGAACCUCCACCUUUUGAACAGCAAGCGCGGGCAUGUCUACCUCACAAGCAAGGAAGAUAUUGAAUCAAAGCCAGAAUAG